UUUAUUAUUGUGUCUAUGGUCAUAAUGUCUUUUACGAAUUCGUAGUGAUGGUGGCUGGCUUCCUUGCAAACAUAGCGUCAUAAAUUACGACUAAUUUGUAAAACUAUCCAACUUUUCGAUCGGUUGACGGUCUCUAUUAUAGUGAAAUAAGUGUUUAAGAAGUUUCACAUCAAACAGCUAUGAGUUCAAGCGUAUGUUACAAGUGCAACAGAACAGGGCACUUCGCCCGCGAGUGCACGCAGGGCGGCGUUGGUGCGCGCGACUCUGGGUUCAACCGUCAGCGCGAAAAGUGCUUCAAGUGCAACCGCACCGGCCACUUCGCGCGUGACUGCAAGGAAGAAGCUGACCGUUGCUACAGAUGUAACGGCACGGGGCACAUAGCGCGCGAGUGCGCCCAGAGCCCGGACGAGCCGUCGUGUUACACUUGCAACAAGACCGGGCACAUCGCGCGGAACUGCCCCGAGGGUGGCCGCGACUCCUCGAACCAGACGUGCUACAACUGUAACAAGGCCGGCCACAUCUCGCGCAACUGCCCCGACGGCACCAAGACCUGCUACGUGUGCGGCAAGCCGGGGCACAUCUCGCGCGACUGCGACGAGUCCGAGCGGAACUAACGGACCUUGCCCCCACGCACUAUAUUAAAUAAAACUAUGUAUAUUAUGAAAGCCAUGCACGGACUAUAAGCAAAGGACGAUAUGCGAUAUGUAAGACCGCCAGAUUGUAUGAAAUUAAUGCAACGGGAUAUAAGACAGUAGAUGCAGCGACGGUGUUCUCGUGAGAGACUGAAGAGAAUGAUUUGAAAAUUGAAUGUGUAAAUAGGUCUCAGCGCUCGCCGAUAGGUUAAUGUUUGUUCUUGCACGUGAACGAGUUGUGUUUUUUAAAUCAUUUAAUAAUCGUGAUUGACGUAUUGAUGAGGUAGCGUUACAGUUUUUAGCAUUACAGAGUAUAUAUUUAAUAUAUUUUGUACAGAUUUAUUUGUCGAGAUAAAUUGGAUGCUGGCGUAUGAUGAGUUUUCACUGAGGAGAAUUGGAGGCCCCGGUGAACCCGACCCCCUACUGGACUCUCUUGUUCGUCUCGAUAGUACAUUAUCUACCGGUCGCACAGCGCCCCGACAGACGCUACACCCCAACAUUAUUGUGAUAGUUUAAUUUUAUUUUCUGCCAAUUCCUUUGUUUAUGAGGUCCUGCAGUCUUGUGGAGAAUUCAGUGUUUAAUUAGAAAUUCAUUAAUCAGUACAUUUUUUAUUUUGUUAUCCCUGAUAUUGUGCCUAUAUUAUACACCUGUAAAAUAUCAGCUUGCAGUGGGAGAUAAUAAAUAUCUUGCCUUAUUUUUUCAGUUUC